UCGGAUUUUACCGUCAUGUUGCGCGUCUGUCAACGAGUAACUCUGCGGCGACGCACCGGCCAUCGCCUAACUGUCUACAGGCAAAUUUCACAGUCAACAAAACCGCUGCAGAAACGCGUUAUUUUUUCUGGUAUUCAGCCGACAGGCGUUCCUCACCUCGGAAAUUACCUAGGAGCUCUUUCUAACUGGGUUAAACUACAAAAGACAGCAGACCCCGAUGAUACAUUGCUGUUUUCUAUCGUGGGAUGGCAUGCGCUGACUUUGCCCCAAGAUCCCGCUGUGCUGCGGUCGGCCAGAGAUGAUAUGUUGGCGGUUUUGCUGGCCAUAGGGCUCGAUCCCGAACGGUCCGUUCUGUUCCACCAAGACCAUAAUUUGCACCACGUAGAACUCUGCUGGAUCCUGAAUUGCUUGACCCCGGUUGGCAAGCUGCGUCGGACGACAACCUGGAAGUCCCGAUUGGCCACGUCUAGGAACGCCACCUCAGAGGCUGAAGUGGACGAGUCACUGUUGAACUCCGGCUUGUUCACAUAUCCUGUUCUUCAAGCUGCAGACGUACUCAUAUACAGGGCUACCCAUGUUCCCGUCGGAGAGGAUCAGCAACAACACAUAGAACUGACACGGGAUCUCGCGGAGAUAUUCAAUCGCACGUUCAAAGGUCAAAAACCAUUGUUUCCCCUUCCUAUAUACGUCAACGCACCAUCGAAACGAAUACUGUCGCUCAGAGACCCAACAUCCAAGAUGUCCAAGUCGUCACCAGAUACGGCAUCCCGUAUUCUCUUGUCAGAUGCAGCGUCUCAGAUCAAGUCUAAGAUCCGUGCUGCCGUGACUGACUCGAUACCGGGUAUCACGUAUGAUCCCGUCUCUCGCCCAGGCACAUCGAACCUCCUGACUAUCCUCGCUGCAUGCACGGGGAGUAACGCACAAGAUAUUGCGGGGAUAUACACAAGCAAGGGACAUGGGCAAUUGAAAAAUGACGUCGCAGACGCAGUUGAAGAAUUGCUCAAAGGUCCUAGAUCGGAGUUUGAGAGGAUUAGACAUGAAAAGGCAUUCCUGGACGAGGUCGCACGAAAGGGGGCAUCGAAAGCGAUAGUGUAUUCCGGUGCUACGAUGGAAGACGUCAAGCGACGGAUAGGGCUGGCAUGAUGAAGGUGUGAGUCCGCUGUUGACUAAUUUAGUGGUUCAACUGCAGAAGAUUGGCGGGGGCCCAUCUGUCUCUCCGGUUACAUUCGGGCUAUGUACGGUAGAGCAAUGACAUUUUGGGUAGAGCAGGGAUACAGUGAGCAUUUUCCAGGGGUUGACA